CUGAGAAUUCACGAGAAAUAAUUACCGAAUUCCAAUGAAAUUAUUCCGAAAAUGGGCGUUAAGGCUUCGACUUGAUAAGAUUUCAGUCCGAAAAGAUGAUGUCGCCGCUUUUUCGCGUAAUCACUCGUGAUUCGUAAUUUUGAGUGUAUAUUCGCCGAAAACUGUCCGCCAUUGUUGUUGAUUGGCUCUGCUGACCACACCUGCGCUACUGAACUGUACCGCAAAUCCUCGGCAGCUGGCAUGCACCGCGGGUACUUUAAACGUAAAUUCAUUCAUAUUCGAACACCACUUCGUGCUGAAGUCGAAGACUAGACUAGCGCUCAAGUUUUCAAUGAAUAGCAAAUUUAGAAGGGAUUGAGUAAUUGAGAAUAUGCCAAAGCCGAAGAAGAGAAGCAAAACUUUAGGAGUAAAAAGCAUUAAGUCAACGACACGGGUCAAUGGUAGGCCUGCACCUCGACCUUAUGAAACCGAAGAGGAAGCAAUGUUACGUCGAUUUCAUGAUGCUCAAAGAAUGGCCAGGUUUAGAGCCAAAAAGAAAAAGGCAUUGGAGGAGGCUCAGGCUUUGGAGGCAUCAAAACUUGCAGAAAUGACUGUUUGGUCAGAAAUAAGAAGAAGAAACAUGAUAUUACAGUUAACUGAGCCUGUUAUCCCUGUUCCGUGUCCAAAAUUACUUCAGGAUACUCCUACGCAAGCUAUUAAACAAAGCCCAGCAAUCAGCUUGCCUUUAAUUUCUGGUCAGAGCAAGUAUUCUCAACUCCUGGGCAUUAUCGAAGAACUUGGAAGGGACAUUCGACUGACCUAUGCAGGCAGCCGAACAUCCGCUGAAAGAGUUAAAAUGGGCAUUACAUGUGCAAAACUGCUAGUCAGAGACUGCCUCUUGGAGGCUGAAGUCAAUUCGAAAAAAUAACGAAAGUAUGAGUGUGAAGAAUUCCAAACCUAUAUCCAAGCUUUGUAGUAUAUCCGAGUGACCAUCACAAUGAUCAAUCGACAACUAUAUUAAAAGUUAAUGCAAUAAAACAUUCAACUUUUCAUGUGUUAGAAAGUUCGUGUAGGGAGUUUGUAAGAAACUGUAUGUA